AUGCCCACAUCCCGUAUUGCCAUUGUUGGAGUCGGUCAAGUUGGCGCUGCGGCUGCCUAUGCGCUCAUCCUAGGUUCAAUCGCUAGUGAAUUGCUCUUGGUUGACAAGAAUGGCAAACCGAAGGAUGCCGUUGUUGCUACCCAGGCUUAUACAGCUGUAGGCCAGACUGACCCCGAAUACGUCCAUCGAAAUAUCUCGACCGUCAGGACCAUCAUCGACGGAAUGAUGCCUCUCAAAUCAAAUGCCAUCCUUCUUGUCGUAUCGAGUCCUGUCGACUUACUCACAUCCCUUGCCCUGCAGAUCUCUCAGUUGCCGCCGUCUCAAGUCUUGGGUUCUGGCACGUACUUGGACUCUAUACGGCUCCGGGGAAUGUUGGCAGAUAGGAUUGGAGUCGCAGCAAAGUCGAUUGACGCUUUCGUGUUGGGCGUGCAGGGGGAAUCGCAGGUGACGGCCUGGUCUGCCGCAACGAUUGGCGGCGUCCCAAUCAACGAGUGCCUCUCAAAAGCGGCUUUGAUCAACUGUGCCGAAUUUUCUCGUGAAUGCCAGCACCGAUCACAGAGUAUAAUGCGGGCGAAAGGAACAACGCCAUUUGGCAUUGGUUCCGCCGUAUCCAGCAUCUGCUCUUCUAUCAUCCUAGAUAAGGGCGCGAUUCAUCCAGUUAGCCACUUCCAGCCUUCUUUUGGCUGCUGCUUCAGUUUGCCUGUGGUCUUGGGCAAGGGAGGAAUACAGCGAAAAGUUCAGAUAUCGCUGGACUUUGACGAGGAUGUUCAGAUAACGGAUUCAGCAACGGCACUCAAGAGGAUGAUUGAUCAAGUGCAUAAUGGGUAG